CAGUAUUCAGAGUUCAGACAUAUCAGGUUUCUGUAGUCUGUGGCCUGUGCGAGAAAAAAUACUUUACAUUUACAUUUUACUCACUAAAAUAGCUUACGAACAACCAGCAGUCCCGCCGUCUCGUAUUUAUAUACUUUUAGUAUUAUUAUUUUGUGUCCUCAUUUUCACGUAAUAGAUCCAUUACACCAAAAAUCGGUGUCAUUUUAUAAUUUAGUGAUUUAUUAAUUAUUAGUGCUUCAUUUUUACCUACUACAGUAUCAUUAUACACAAUGUCCUAUUCUAACAAGUACAUUUACUCAACACUACCACGUACGCAAAGAGGGCAGCCGAUUGUAUUGGGUGGCGAUCCUAAGGGAAAAAAUUUUCUCUACACAAACGGUAACAGUGUCAUUAUACGUGACAUUGAGAACCCGGCUAUAUCGGAUGUGUACACCGAACAUUCCUGUGCUGUAAAUGUCGCUAAGUAUUCCCCAAGUGGAUUUUACAUUGCAUCUGGUGAUCAAUCUGGCAAAGUAAGGAUUUGGGAUACUGUAAAUAAAGAACACAUAUUAAAAAAUGAGUUCCAUCCAUUUGGUGGGCCAAUUAAAGAUAUUUCUUGGUCUCCAGACAAUCAACGGAUGGUGGUUGUUGGUGAAGGCCGAGAGAGGUUUGGUCAUGUAUUUAUGUCAGAAACUGGUACUUCAGUUGGUGAAAUUACGGGUCAGUCUAAACCAAUUAAUUCAUGUGAUUUUCGGCCUAGUCGUCCAUUUAGAAUAGUGACUGGUAGUGAAGACAACACAGUUGGUGUUUUUGAAGGUCCCCCAUUCAAGUUCAAGAUGACCAAACAAGAACACUCAAGAUUUGUUCAGGCAGUACGUUUCUCACCCAAUGGUAAUUUCUUUGCAUCAGCAGGUUUUGACGGUAAAGUGUUCUUGUAUGAAGGUACUAAUGCUGAUCUUGUAUCUGAAAUUGGUAGUCCAGCACAUAAAGGAGGAGUUUAUGGAGUUGCUUGGAGUGCUGACAGUACACGUCUAUUAACGUCUUCUGGUGAUAAGACUUGUAAGCUGUGGGAUGUAGAAACAAAAUCUGUUGUUAGUGAAUUUGUGAUAGGAAAUCAAGUAGAGGAUCAACAGGUUUCUUGUUUGUGGCAAGGAAAUUAUUUGUUAACCGUCUCUCUUAAUGGCUUUAUUACUUACCUAGAUGUUAACAAUCCUGAGAAACCCAUACGAAUCAUCAAGGGUCAUAAUAAACCAAUUACAGUAUUGGCAUUAAGUCCUGAUCGUAGUACAAUUUAUACUGGUUCCCAUGAUGGCAAUAUCACAAACUGGAAUGCCGCAAAUGGUGAAAAUGACAGAGUAAAAGGUGUUGGUCAUGGAAAUCAAAUAAAUGGAAUGAAAUUGGAUAGUGAUUACUUGUAUACAUGUGGAAUUGAUGACAGUCUUAGGCAAGUUGACAUUAAAUCCAAUUCAUACACAGACUUGCAAGUCAAACUAAAUGCUCAACCAAGGGGAAUGGACUUUAACAGCAAUGUGAUUGUCACGGUUACGAUUAAAGAGAUAAUAGUAUUAAAAAACGAAAAAAAAGUAUUUAAUUUGCCCGUGGACUAUGAACCUUCUGCUGUAGCUCUUAGUCCAGGUGCUGGUUAUGUUGCGGUCGGUGGAGCUUUGGAUAAUAAAGUACACGUAUACAAAAUUAAUGAAUCCACUUACACAUUGGAAUUUGUCGCGGAGUGUGAUCACUUAGGACCAAUUACAGACUGUUCAUUUUCACCAGAUGGAGAGUACUUGGUAGCAAGUGAUGCACACAGAAAAGUCAUUUUAUAUAAAGUGCCUGAAUUCAAUUCGCUGGCCCAUAAACAAGAUUGGGGCUUCCAUAAUGCACGUGUUAACAGUGUAGCCUGGUCACCAAAUUCAAAACAAGUAGCCAGUGGAAGUUUGGACACUACUAUCAUUGUGUGGAGCGUUACUUCCCCAAACAAACAUACAAUAAUAAAAAAUGCUCAUCCACAAAGUCAAAUUACACGUGUACUGUGGUUGGACGAUGAAACUAUAGUGUCGGUUGGACAAGACUGCAAUACUAAAAUCUGGAAUGUAACACCCAUUUAAUCUGGUACUACAUAUUAAGAGUCUACUAUAAUUAUUAAAAUAUAUUAUAUUUAUCUAUUUGA